CGACUUUUUUUAUAUGAGACGGUAUGGGUGUUUAUCAGUGAGUGUAGAUAUAACUGAUCCGAAAGAAGUGGAGAUACUGAAGGAAGUUUUGCUUAUGUGGACCAAUUUUGUGAUGGAGCUUGAGAUCUUUUUCAAGCAUAAGAAAUCUCAUAGGGAAGAAGGUGAAUGUUCUACUAACGACAGAACACAUGCAAAACUGUUCGCUAACGCUGAUUUAUACGUUUAUAAUAUGCGGUUGUAUAAUUUCGAUGGUUCCAACGAGGAAGAAUUUGCGUUUGUUUCACGUUUGCUGAUGCAAAAGCCGGUGAUACUGAAUAUGAUGAUCGAGACUUCUUUGUUUCCUCCGGCGAAGAAGUUCAAUGCGGAAGCAGCUGUGGCCAAGUUGAUGGAACUUCCUAAAUAUUUCAAAAAUCUUAAAAUUGAAUGCUUCUGAUGAAACUUUGGUUCUAGUAUUAUAAACUGUUUGCUAGCCUUUUCUUUAUUAUAUCUGAGGAUAAUGUGGUUUUGUGUUCUA